AUGACUACAGAAUUGAGAGAGGCCAUGACCCUGGCCCCUUGGGGACCAGUGACAGUGAAAAAGGAGGAGGAAGAGGACGAAACCUUCGUGGGUCAGGCAUCCAGCCAACAAGUGCACUCUGAAAACAUCAAAGUCUGGGCUCCUGGGGAGUGUCCUCAGACAGGCCUCGAUGUAUCAGAACAGGAGGAAAAGGGUCAGAACAUGUUCUGGGACAUGGCUGUAGUCCUGAAACCAACACAGGAGGCGUCUGCUGCAUCAACCCCAGGCAGCUCCUCAUUACCAGAGACUCUGGCCAAGAGCGAGCUACUGGAGACUCAUGGGAACAUGACCUGUCUAGGUGCUGAAACCAAGAACCCACAGUUAUUGGUUCCAAAAACUGAGAUAUGUGAUGAAGCAGAAAAACCUUUCAUAAUAUCAGGAAGAAUCCAGAAAGUUGACUCUCCAGGACCUGAGUUAGGAGAAGGCUGUGAAAAAGGGAACAUGUUAAAAAGGCAGAGAAUAAAGAGGGAAAAGAAAGAUUUCAGACAAGUGACAGUGAAGGACUGUCACAUACCUGAAAACUUCAAAGAAGAGGAAGACCAGAAGUGUCACAAAUCUGAGGAGAGAUACAGCCUUGGUUCUGGCUCUGUUAAAAAUCAGAAAAGCCAGCCUGGGCAGAAACCUUUUACAUGUAGCGUGUGUGGGAAAGGUUUUAGUCAGAGCGCAAACCUUGUAGUGCAUCAGCGAAUCCACACUGGAGAGAAACCCUUCGAAUGUCACGAGUGUGGGAAGGCCUUCAUUCAGAGCGCAAACCUUGUUGUGCAUCAGCGAAUCCACACUGGACAGAAACCGUAUGUUUGUUCAAAGUGUGGGAAAGCCUUCACUCAGAGUUCAAAUCUGACUGUACAUCAAAAAAUCCACUCCUUAGAGAAAACCUUUAAGUGCAGUGAAUGCGAGAAAGCCUUCAGUUACAGCUCACAACUUGCUCGGCACCAGAAAGUCCACAUUACAGAAAAAUGCUAUGAAUGUAACGAGUGUGGGAAAACAUUUACUCGGAGCUCAAACCUCAUUGUCCACCAGAGGAUCCACACCGGGGAGAAGCCCUUCGCCUGUAACGACUGCGGCAAAGCCUUCACCCAGAGCGCAAAUCUUAUCGUGCAUCAGCGAAGCCAUACUGGUGAGAAGCCAUACGAGUGCAAAGAGUGCGGAAAAGCCUUUAGUUGUUUUUCACACCUUAUCGUGCACCAGCGAAUCCACACCGCAGAGAAACCUUACGACUGCAGCGAGUGCGGGAAGGCCUUCAGUCAGCUCUCUUGCCUUAUCGUGCACCAGAGGAUUCACAGCGGGGACCUUCCAUAUGUGUGUAACGAGUGUGGGAAGGCCUUCACCUGCAGCUCUUACCUGCUGAUUCAUCAGAGGAUCCAUAAUGGGGAGAAGCCGUACACGUGCAGCGAGUGUGGCAAGGCCUUCCGGCAGAGGUCGAGCCUCACCGUGCACCAGAGAACCCACACCGGGGAGAAGCCCUACGAGUGCGCCAAGUGCGGCGCAGCUUUCAUCUCCAACUCACACCUCAUGCGCCACCACAGAACCCAUCUCGUUGAGAAAGUUCAAAGGUAUUGGAAUAUGCAGACUUUUAGAAGGAUGAAGAAACUGGCUAAGAGAGGCAGACGAGAGCUGCGCUUCGGGGUCGCUGAUGACGCACUACCGGCCGCGCUGCUGUUCUUCCGGUCCGGGCGGGUGAGCCUGCGCCCUGGGUUUCCGUGUACCUCCGGGACCGUGGUCGCCGCCCCGCUGGGAGCCGCCGGACAUCACGGUGAGCGGGCGGGGCCCAAGGGAGGGGAAGGCAGCGGCUCCGGGUGCGUCUCGGCUGUGGCGGCGGCCCAGGUUUAUGUAGCAAGCCCACCCGGGCCUCGUUCUCCCCGGAUUGCUGCCUGCACGGCGGCUGCGAACUCCCGGCGGCCCGGCCCGGCUUGCAGCUUCAACACUGCUCUCACCAGGAGAGGCAGACGAGGGCUGCGCUUCGGGGUCGCUGAUGACGCACUACCGGCCGCGCUGCUGUUCUUCCGGUCCGGGCGGGUGAGCCUGCGCCCUGGGUUUCCGUGUACCUCCGGGACCGUGGUCGCCGCCCCGCUGGGAGCAGCCGGACAUCACGGUGAGCGGGCGGGGCCCAAGGGAGGGGAAGGCAGCGGCUCCGGGUGCGUCUCGGCUGUGGCGGCGGCCCAGGUUUAUGUAGCAAGCCCACCCGGGCCUCGUUCUCCCCGGAUUGCUGCCUGCACGGCGGCUGCGAACUCCCGGCGGCCCGGCCCGGCUUGCAGCUUCAACACUGCUCUCACCAGGGCCUGUCUUUUACAAUCAAAGCAAAGAGAAGAUUUGUGGAUGUUGAAUAUGCAAGGAGCUGAAGAGAGAGAGAUUGGAAGAGUGAUUUGUCCAGGUUGGGUGAACAAGCCUGCUCCAGAGCAGGAUGGCUCUGAAAUUGAUUUGCCAGGGAUAGCAUCAAAGAGAUCCCAAGAGGAUGAAUACCAGGAUCCUACAUUUGAAGAAAAAUAUGUAUGUGAGAGCAUGAAGGAAAACCCUCCCAGAGAGGUUCCUGGACCAUGCCUUUUCCAAGAAGGUUUUGGGGGAAUAACUUUCAUCCACAAGGAAGCACCUGCAGAAAUGAUUAGACAAGAAUAUAAUUUUGAGAGAAGCCUGCUUUUGACCUCAAGCCUUGUUACACAUCUCAGGGUUUCUACAGAAGAGAGCCUACAUCAGUGGGAGACAAGUAGCAUAUACACCAGUGAGAUUUCAGACCAAAGUAAAUGUCCGAUCUUCUCUACACAGAAAAAAUCUUGGAAAUGUAGUGAAUGUGGAAAAACUUUUAAUCAGAGCUCAUCCUUUACCCAGCAUCAGAGAACUCAUACGAGACCCUACGCAUGUGAGGAAUGUGGGAAAACUUUUAGCCGUAGCUCAUUCCUUGUUCGACAUCAAAGAAUUCACACCGGAGUGAAACCAUAUGGAUGUGAGCAGUGUGGGAAAACAUUUCGAUGUCGAUCAUUUCUUACUCAGCAUCAGAGAAUCCACACUGGAGAGAAACCGUAUAAAUGUAAUAGAUGUGGGAAGGCGUUCAGUCAGAACACACACCUCAUUCAUCAUCAGAGAAUUCACACUGGUGAGAAACCUUAUUUAUGCAAUGAAUGUGGCUCUUCUUUUCGCAAACACUCAAAUCUUACACAACAUCAGAGAAUUCACACUGGGGAAAAACCCUAUAAAUGUGAUGAAUGUGGGAAGACUUUCCAUACAAAGGCAAACCUCUCUCAGCAUCAGAGAAUUCAUACUGGAGAGAAACCCUAUAAAUGUAAGGAAUGUGGGAAAGCGUUUUGUCAGAGCCCAUCCCUUAUUAAACACCAGCGAAUUCAUACUGGAGAAAAACCCUAUAAGUGUAAGGAAUGUGGCAAAGCUUUUGCUCAGUGCACCCCACUCACUAAACAUCAGAGAAUUCAUACAGGGGAAAGACCCUACAAAUGCAGUGAGUGUGGUAAAGCUUUCAUUCAGAGCAUUUGCCUUAUUCGGCAUCAGAGAAGCCACACCGGAGAAAAACCCUAUAAAUGCAAUGAAUGUGGGAAGGGCUUUAACCAGAAUACCUGUCUCACUCAGCAUAUGAGAAUUCAUACUGGAGAGAAGCCCUAUAAAUGUCAAGAAUGUGGGAAAGCCUUUGCUCACAACACGUCUCUUACUGAACAUCAUAGAACUCACACUGGUGAGAAGCUCUAUAAGUGUAGUGAGUGUGAGAAAACCUUCCGCAAGUAUGCACACCUUAGUGAACAUUACAGGAUUCACACUGGUGAGAAGCCUUAUGAGUGCAUUGAAUGUGGAAAAUUCUUCAGACAUAGUUCAGUCCUCUUCAGACAUCAGAAACUUCACAGUGAAGAGAAACCUUCCAAGUGUAGUGAAUGUGGAAAAUUUUUUACUCAGAGAUCAUCUCUUACCCAGCAUCAGAAGAUUCACACGGGAGAGAAACCCUAUGUAUGUACUGAAUGUGGAACUUGUUUCCGUAAACAGUCAAAUCUUACUCAGCAUCUGAGGAGUCAUACGGGAGAGAAACCUUAUAAAUGUAAUGAAUGUGAGAAAGCCUUUCAAACAAAAGCAGUCCUUGUCCAGCAUCUGAGAAUUCAUACUGGGGAGAAACCCUAUAAAUGCGAUGAUUGUGGCAAAGCCUUUUGUCAGAGUCCAUCCCUUGUUAAACACCUGAGAAUUCAUACUGGAGAGAAGCCCUAUAAAUGCAGCGAGUGUGGCAAAGCCUUCAGUCAGAGCAUAUGCCUUACUCGUCAUCAGAGAAGUCAUUCUGGAGAUAGACCUUAUAAGUGUAAUGACUGUGGGAAAGCCUUUAAUCAGAGUGCGUGCCUCAGGCAGCAUCAGAGAAUCCACUCAGGAGAGAAGCCCUACACAUGUACCAAAUGUGGUAAAGCCUUCACUCAGAACUCUUCCCUUGUUGAACAUGAGAGAACUCACACUGGAGAGAAACUUUUUAAGUGUAGUGAGUGUGAAAAAACUUUCCGCAAGCAAGCACACCUUAGUGAACAUUACAGAACUCACACUGGAGAGAAAGCUUAUGAAUGUGCUAACUGUGGGAAAUCCUUCAGGCACAGCUCAGCGCUUGCUCGACAUCAGAGGCUUCAUGCUGGGGAAUAAAACUCGGGAUAUAACUAGGGUGGAAAGACUUGUAUCAAUAUGAAAACACUUCUUUUUUUUUCUAAAUUAUUAGGAGAUUAGGACUCAAAUCUUCACCUGGGAUGAAUGUUUUGUAUGUUGAGCACAAGGGCAAUGUGUCCUAAAAAUUAAAAAAUAGACUCAGAACUAGAUAGUCUUAAGUUUGAUGGCUUCUCUGCCACUUAAUGGGUGUCUGACCUUACCACUCUGAGCCUCAGUUUUUCCCAUCCUCCCCAAAGAAUAAUGAGGAUACUUACUAGGGUUGUCUUGAGAAUAAAAUGAGUGGUAUAUAAUAACUA